AUGAACGACAGCACUUACUUCAAAGCAGAAGUUGUGGGUUAUGACUCGCAGACUGAUUUAGCUGUGCUCAAGAUUAAUGCUGAUAGACAAUUUUCGCAUGUUAAAUUUGGUAAUUCUGAUGAAGCAAGGGUUGGAGACCCAGUUAUAGCAAUCGGUAAUCCUUUUGGUUUAGGCAGUUCUGUAAGUAAAGGAAUUAUUUCUGCAAGGUCGAGGGAUAUUAGUAUUGGUAACAUGAGUGAGUUCAUUCAAACUGAUGCUGCAAUUAAUAAAGGAAACUCUGGAGGACCAUUAUUUAAUUUAAGUGGAGAAGUGAUAGGUAUUAACACUGCUAUUUACUCUCCAUCUGAGUCUGGAGGUAACGUAGGCAUAGGUUUCGCUAUUCCAUCUAAUCUGGCUGCAUCGGUUAUUGAUAUAUUGAAGAGUGGUAAAAAAAUAAAACGUGGUUUGCUUGGUGUGCAAGUUCAGCCUAUAACAAAAGAAUUUGCUGAGUCUUUAGGGUUAAAAGAUACAAAGGGUGCAUUAGUGGCAAAUUUGACGAAGAACAGUCCUGCAGAAAAAGGAGGUAUAAAGGUAGGUGAUAUAUUAUUAGAGUUUGAUGGAAAAAAAAUUGAUAGAAUGGCGCAAUUACCUCAAAUAGUGUCAAGAACUGAGCCUAAUAAGAAAGUGCAGGUCAAGUUACUUAGAAAAGGUAAGGAAGUAAAUGUGAAGGUUGUAGUGGGUGAAUUUACAAACGAUGAUCAUGGUGAUGAUGAAAGUCAUGAUAAUGAUAAAUCAGGACCUACUGGGCUUACUGUUUCAAAUUUGCCGAGUGAUAUAAAAGAUAAAAUAUCCGUAAAAGGUGUGAUGGUUACCAACAUUGAUAGUAGUAGUAAUGCUGCAUCACGUGGUAUUAGGAAAGGAGAUAUUAUCGUUCAAGUUGAUGGUACGGAUAUUACAGAUAUUAACGCUUUUCAAAAGCAAGUUAAUUUAGUGGUAAAAAAGAACAAUAAGGAUUCGAUUAUGCUACUUGUUUAUCGUGAUGGCAAUCAGUUUUUUGUUUCAAUAAAAUUAAGAAAGUAG